CAAAAUGGCGUCGACAAGGCACAUGGAUGCGAGAAUGGAUGAUCCAGAUAAUUUGGUUCCUAAACCAAACAUAUCUGAGAUUAAAAACAAAAUGUUUCGUCAAGAGAUGUAUCGUAAAAUGAAGAUGGAGAAGAAAAAGAUGAAAAUCAAAGAAAAGAAGAAGAAAAUGAAAGAAGCAAAGGCAUCAGGGGAAAAGGUUGUAAAACAAACUCCAAAGACCAUAGAGUCUAUGAGAAUUCCUGAUGAGACCAUGGUCAGCGCCGAGGAUGAAGAGGUUCGCUUGGAUGAAGCUAUUGAUGAGAUGGCCGGCUAUUUUAACAGGGAAACCACACCCAAGAUCCUUCUCACCACUUGUGACAGGCCAGGCGCUAGGACAAACAAGUUAUGCAAGGAGAUCAAGCGUCUUCUGCCCAACACAACCUUGUUGUACAGACGUGGCCUUGACCUGAAGAAGGUCAUUCCCCAGGCCCUUUCUCGGGAGUAUACAGAUCUCAUUGUCAUCAACGAGGACAAGAAGAUGCCCAAUGGACUUGUUCUGUCCCACCUUCCAGACGGCCCAACAGCCCACUUCAAACUCUCCAAUGUCAGGCUAACCAAUGAAAUCAAGAAUGCUGGUGAGAUGACGGGCCACAAGCCAGAGGUGAUACUGAACAACUUCAACACUCGUCUGGGUCACUCUGUGGGACGGAUGCUGGCAUCCAUGUUUCCACACGACCCCAACUUCCAUGGGAGACGCGUCGUUACCUUCCACAACCAGCGAGACUUUGUCUUCUUUAGGCACCACAGGUACAUAUUCCGGAGUGCCCAGAGAGUAGGUCUUCAAGAGCUGGGCCCAAGAUUUACCCUCAAGCUAAGAACACUUCAGAAGGGAACUUUUGAUUCAAAAUAUGGAGAAUACGAGUUUGUUCACAAGCGCCACCAGAUGGACACAAGUAGACGGAAGUUCUUCCUGUAACAGGUUCAACCUGUCCAUCUCAGAUGAAAGUGAUUGUGAAGCUAAAUGUAUAAAUAUGUAUAUACUCAUACCAUUGGCAUGGUACAUGACUGUAUUUUGUUUUGGUUGUAUGUUGUAUUGUUUGAUUAAUAAAUAUGCAGUUUUAA